CGCCGGUCCCUCGGUGGUCCCGUCCAGCAGAGGAUGACGGACGAAGGAUGAGCGAGGAGAUCAUCAUCAAGGCCUUCGGUGGCAGCGGAACCGCGAGCAUUCCGUUCGCCGACGAAGAUGGGCCCUCCAGGAGUCCUCGUCGCAGCCAAUCGCGAGUCCCCGGCAAGGACGAGCCCUUCGAAGGAGGUCCUCUUCGAGGUCGGGUCCAGCAGAGUCUGGGCAGCUUCCGCAGCUCCACGGUGAAGGGCAACCUGGAAGUGAACUCCCCCUCGAAGAGGCAGCAGGGAUCCUCCUCGGAGGUGAGCUUCCCCAGCAAGGAGACCUCGCAGUUCCGCCAGUACUUGAAGACGAGCCGUGCCGACGUGUGCGCCCCGGAAGUCCUGGACAAUCCCCUGAGGCGGUACGAGAACGCGCUCCUGAAGUACCAGAAGCCGGGGAAGUUGCGGCCGAGGAGGGAGGUGAGCCGGGACAGCAGCCACGGUUACUCGAGCAGCGACGACAGCGUCGUGAGGAACAAGUCUAAGAGCACCAGCUCGAUCGACGCGCAGUCGCUGAACAACAUCCUGGACGAGUACGAGGACCUGGACUGCGGAAGGUCCUCGGACCUGAGCGACGCCGGCAGCAUAACCGUGACGAACUUCGAGGCCGUGAUGGACCUGCAGAGGAAGAGAGAGGCGUCUAAGCUGAGGAGUUCCCCGGGGAAGAGCGCGUCGACCCACCAGGAGGAGAGACCGCGAGCUACAAAAGCGAACCAGCAGACUCAAGUGCGCCAGCGAUCCCGAGAUCGGGCCCAGAAGGAUCCGAACCAGGUCGAGGACGGUCCAAGGCCCCCAGGAAUCGCGUCGUCCUUCGUGAAGAAGCUGGAGAACGAGCCCCUGCACUCCAGACCCAACAAGGUCCCGGACUCGUUGCUGCGCAAGGGGGAGGUUCAGAAGCGGGUGGACGAGUGGUUGAGCCAGACCCAGAGCCAGAACUUCAGCAAGGAGAAGGUGAUCUUGGUGAGGUCCAACAGCAACGCCGAGCAGAGGUGCAGAAGCGGCGCCAGGAUCCGGUCCAUGGACGACGGGAAGGAGUGGACGAACGGGACCACCAGCUACGACGAUCUCCGCAAGGAGGAGCCCAAGCAGGAGCGCAAAGUGGAGCGCGUAAGCGUCGGGGUUAACACCGGGACCAGGGGGACCUACAAGGAGUACCUGGCCGCGAGGAACAGGUACGCGAAGGACUACGGUUUCGCGGCGACAGGGUCGUCGGUCGCCCCCAGGACUCGGGACCCGAGUCCGGGCUCCAGGAUACCCCAGAGGGGGCACUCGGCCAACUCCAGCUUCCGAUCGAAGAGGUCGGAGACCGGCGAGGCGAGCGAGGAGAACGUCGCCAACAGUCCAGGACGGUUCAAGGCUGCAGAAGCCAAGGUCGCCGCGCGACCCAGGCCAGACCCCGAGCCUGGAAGGCCGGUGGCACCCUCGGUCUCGGUCAGGCGCUCGUCUCUGAGACCCGCCCAGGUGUCUGGACAGGCUCCCCUGGGUACCUUCGCCAGGGACGAGGUCCCGGCCAGAGGGAGGCCGGGCCCGAAGGGCAGCCCGUCCUCGGGAAAUCGCGUAACCGAGGAACCAGCCGCGCCAAAUAAGGACGGUGAAAGUGGUCGAGCACCUCUGCCGAGUGAGGUAACCCGCGCCGGGAGCGUCGGCAAAGGCGACCCCGCCAGGGGACCACCGGAGACCAUCAGAACCAGCGUGGACACCUCCGAGAAAGCGGGCCCCGAAGAGGCGAGGUCGCAGGACCAUCUGCGCGCCCCCCCGGGUCCCGUCGUCUCCAGGAGGGAGACCGCCGCGACGGACCCCUUGGCCAAGGUGGAGAACGCCUACGGACCGGUCGGCUCGCGGCUGCGCGUUCUCCAGGGCCACGUCGACCCCAGGGACGCGUCUCGCGGCCCCAGGUCGACCACCAACCCCGUUGACUCCGCCAGGAAGAUACCCGUCCCCUCCAGAGGGCCCGUCGUCCCUCCAAAGAACGAACCCACGCCCACGUCCGCCUUCAAGCCCAACAACGCCAUGUACGCGACCCUGUACCAGUCCGAGGCCGCGUCCAACCUGGGGACCAACGCCGUCUCCGUGGCGAACGAGUCCGUGACGAGGUCCCACUACGCGGCCCCGAAACAUGUCGAGAAGAUUUACGAGCGCACGCAGCCGCAGGUGAUGCGUCUGGAUGAAGACGAGGACCCGAUCAGGAGGUCCGGGGGCAGACCCCCCGUUUACGGGGACGGGUCCUGCCUCGGCCAGGACAGGCUCCCGGAGACCCCCGGGACUCGCAGGCAGGAGGAGGACAUCUACGAGCGCAUCCCCGAUGCCCGCUGCGACCACCUGGAGACCAUCGUCGAGGACCAGCGCGACGAGUCAGGCGAUAUCCUGAGGUACCCCGAGAUAGGGCCCGACCAGUGCCUGCGCUUCCAGAGACUCCCUAAUCUGCCGAACGGGAGGACCAAGGACUCCACCCCGAAGGAGACCAUCUACGCCAGGCCCUGGGACAGGCCCAGGAUAUCCAAGGACCAGAGCAACACCUUCGGCGUGCUGCGCGGCAGCCUCGAAGAGCCCAGGGAAGAGGGGACCAGGCCUCCUCAGGGUCAGGGUUGCAGGUCCUCUUCGUCCUGCGGCUCUGGGACGAAGAUCGGGGAGAUGGACCACGUCGUCCUGGAGGACGCCGAUCUCGGCAGCUCGCCUUGCUCGCACUCCAGGGAGGGGAGCAACCUGUCCAACUCGAAUUUGGAGGCGUCGGAACGCUCCGAGGCUCGCUUUCUCGACGAGGGGACCAAGGGGAAGAGCUGGGGGACUGAGGCUCCCAACCUCGAGGAUCUUAGGGUCAAGGAGCGGGAGGUGGCUGAGCCCUCCAGGCAUGGCGAUAGGGCGCCGGUCGUUAAGGAGGUCCUCGUUAAAACUCUCCAGUUCGAUCAGGAUGUGCCCGAGAAGCCGAAGACCGAGCCCGCUCUCCUCGCCGAGAGGACCAACGCGAAAGUGCCGUUCAACUUCCACAGUGUCCUCAGUGAUGAUUAUCCCAACCCCAUGCGACUCGACAGGGAGAACAAGGUGUAUGUGACCAGGGAGGAGAUGGAGCGCCAGAAGAUGAUGGACUUGCUGAAGAAGGGCGACUACGAGGCCGUCAAGGCGGAGUUGGAAAGGAGUUACACCCUGUCGACCCCCGGGGGUAGCAGCCCCACGUGCUACCCGCCGUGCAGUCCGCCGCCCGCCCCCGCGGCGUACAUCUCCAGUGCCCGCGCGUCCUCCCGGAGACUCGGCAGCGGACCUCCGUCUCCGGAACGGGAUCCCCUGGGACGUCUGUUAAGGUUCCUGAAGACCUUCUACAGGGAGCUGGGCACCAGAGACCCGCCUCACCUGCCGCCGUGGACUGCCCCUCUGCCCCUGGGGAGCCUCUGCCCGGCGCACUUCCAGCCGCACCUGCAACUGGUGCACCGGAGCGAGCAGGAGCAUCGCCUGGAGAACAUCAAGCCGGACCAGAUCUUCGCUCCCGUCAGG